CUCGUUUUCUGUUGGAUCAAUCGUUAGCUCAAUACAAUAAUACUGUACAGCUUCACUUCGUUCUCUCCUCGGAUUUUACUUGUUUCCUAUCCUUCAAUAGUGGUUUCUGAUAUAUGGAGGUUUGACAAGGUCGAACAGCUGAAUGGUUUGACGGAGUUGCGCUCGUCUUAUUCUGUUUAUUAUUAUUAUUUUAUGAGUUCAUAACUUGUGUAUUUCGCUGUUAACAAUUUCAAUAGUAGUCAAUUUCUUUGUAUCACUUAGUUGCUUCUAGAUGUGUCUGAUCAAUUUCACUCUGCUGCGUACUGAUGUUUUUUUCUUCUUUUUUUUUUUGGUGUUGAAUAUGUGAUCAACUGAUUCAGCUCUUCCCCUGCGGAAUUAGUACUUUUUCUUUGCAAAGUAAUGACAUAAGAUGUAGGUUUUCCAGAUUGACACAAUGAUAUUAGUGUUCUUUUGGAACUAGACAAAGAAAAGGGUAAUUUUAUAAAGCUGUAUUGUUUCUUUACAAGUUUAAGCUAAGAGCAAUUUCCAAUUGUUUACUCUCAGUUUGAUGACUGGAAUUUAUAUAUACCAUAUGAUGUUCAGUACGCUGGUGGGACUCCUGUGUUUAAUGUGAAGAUAUGUCAAUAGUUUUAACCUGUGUGCCUGGAUUUCAUAAGAUAGACUAACACUGUAAGCAGCCUCUGAUGCCCAAUGUGUUUCAGUUGCCUUGGUUUUACGAAGAGUAUUUAUGCAUUCAAUUUGGGGCAUGGGGUGCAGAAUUUGUAUUAAAAACUAUUUGGGUAGACUUUGAUGGAGUUGACCCCAGUAUUUUAUUUGAAAAACAAAAUGUUUGACCGGGAUAAUUUGAGGUAUUAUUUAUAGCUCUAGUCCUCAUUGAUUUGCAGUAAUGUAAACAGGAAUGUUUCCAAAUCCUGACUGUAGAGACUGGUACAUGGUGGUGAAGUAUGACCAUGACUUGUCUUUGUCAACUAAAGGAGUACUCAUCCUACUUGACAUGGCACACACGUAGUCCUAAUAUGCAUCCUCUGCAUUCCGUUUUUGCUCUUUUACCCCUUUUGAACUUCUUUUUCCUCCAAGAUUAUUAUUCAUUGUAGUUGCCAGUUUGAAUUGCAAUCAAAGAGUUUUCAGCCAAAGAAUCCAAUGUUCGCAAGCAAUAUCGAUUUUAGAUUUCUAAGGCAACUGGAGCACUGCAUAAGAAAAGGUUGAAGGAUGCACAGGGGCCAUCUAAAAUCACCAUGGUCUCGCCGGAAAAGGAAACAUGCCCUUUCACCUCAGCAAUGGAGGAGGUUGUUUACUGCUGAUGGAAAGCUCCGUGAUGGAGUGAAAUUCUUGAAAAAAGUUCGAAGUGGGGGCGUUGAUCCCAGUAUCAGGUCUGAGGUUUGGCCUUUCCUUCUUGGAGUCUACAACUUUAACAGUUCCAAAGAAGAAAGAGAAGUUAUAAAAACUGAGAAUAGAAAAAAGUACGAAAUACUUCGCAGGAAGUGCCGGCGCCUUGUAAAACAUGGCUCUGACAGUGCAAAGUUAAAGGGUACUUGUGGAACAAACAGUAAAGGGGAUAGUGGGAUUUCCAAUCAAGACAUAGAUUCUCCCGACUCUGAACACGUGGUCAGUGCCAGGGAAUCACUUUCUAGUGAGGAAAGGGGCCCGUCCUUUGAGUAUUCCAGUAAUCCCUGCAGUGCAUUGUUGGAUGAAGAUGCUGGUUCCAGACAAGUCACAGAUUCAAAUUCUCCUGCAUCCGUCACAGAGUCAUCAGAUUCAGACUCCUCUGAGGACCCAGAACUGAGUAAUACAUUCCCCUUUACGGAAAGCAGGGAGGAAAGUGAUCCUGCCAUGCUUUCUAAGGAGGAUUCUACCCCCUCCGGGGAAGAAGUCCAGUCAAAACUCUGCAGCACUGAAGAUUUUUCCACAUGGCAACGAAUCAUCCGUCUUGAUGCAGUUCGUGCCAACGGAGAGUGGAUAGCGUUUUCUCCUUCUCAGGCUGCAGUAUCAGAGGAAAAGGCAAGAUGGUCUGCUGAGGUUGUUGGGCUGAGGGAUUACGAUCACCUUGAACCCAGCAGGAUCUUCCAUGCUGCUCGUCUAGUUGCCAUCCUUGAAGCUUAUGCACUUUUUGACCCAGAAAUUGGCUACUGCCAGGGGAUGAGUGAUUUGCUCUCUCCAAUAAUCACUGUGAUAACAGACGACCAUGAGGCUUUCUGGUGUUUUGUUGGUUUUAUGAGGAAGGCUAGGCAUAACUUCCGGCUGGAUGAGGUGGGAAUCAGGAGGCAACUGAAUAUCGUUUCCAAGAUAAUCAAAUUCAAGGAUUCCCAUCUUUACAGACACUUGGAGAAGCUUCAGGCAGAGGAUUGCUUUUUUGUUUACAGGAUGGUGGUGGUACUCUUCCGAAGGGAAUUGACCUUUGAGGAGACAAUGUGCCUCUGGGAAGUAAUGUGGACUGAUCAGGCGGCGAUCAGGGCUGGAAUAGGGAAAUCUGCCUGGAGUAGGAUAAGGCUGCGCGCCCCGCCAACCGAUGAUCUGUUGCUCUAUGCAAUUGCAGCCUCGGUGUUACAAAGGAGGAAACAAAUCAUAGAGAAGUAUAGCAGCAUGGAUGAGAUAAUAAGAGAAUGCAAUAGCAUGGCUGGGCAUCUUGAUGUGUGGAAGCUCCUCGAUGAUGCCCACAAUUUGGUCGUCAACCUCCACGACAGGAUCUCGUGAAGAACACUUCCAACGCCACCUGCUAAAUUCGUUCACUAAUUUAUCGCCUUGGGCAGUAUCAUCUAUGAAGCAUUCAUUGGUCGCAACUAGUUUACUGUACUAGUUUAGUUUUCUUAGCGCUAGACUCCUUAAUUCUAAAGGUCUGCGUAGUAUAGCGUUAUUGAAUACAAACAAGGUCGUGUCGUGCCAAAUUGCUAUCACCAGGACUCUCAAGUGUACCAUACUGGUUCGAGAAAGAUCCUUCUGUUUGGUAAGGACAUUGACUAAAUUAUCUUCUUCCUGUAUUUUCUCAGUGGGUUUGGAAACUUAUUUAAGUAAGCCAUUACUGAUUUAAGAAGUGCCCUUCCUUCUGUGCCA